AUGGACGCAUUCCUGGCCAAUUGUGACUGUCGAUACGAGUCGAGAAAUACCGUGCUUCUGAAAGUGGUUGUGAUAUUCGUCAUUUGUGUCAUCGCAGUUCUUACUGGAUACAUGGUAUUCCUCAUGUGCCUGGAUCCGAUGCUACGUAAAAAGAGAUUGUCUAUAAGUUAUCAACAACAUAACGAUGAGAUGGAGGAUAAUAUCUUUGCUGCAGCUCCAACUACAGAUGAUGAGUCGCCAACACCCAGUAAUACGGUAGAUACACAAGGAACCACGAGGUCGAGAGGCAAUGUUCUUGGACGUGUGGAGGCCGAGCAGAACCGAUGGAUGAAAAAAGUGGAAGAGCAGCGAAGGAACAUUUUCGAAGACCAUACGAUGCUCAACUAG